GACGGCGGCGGACGGAGCCCUUGAUCGCGGGACAUCAGCUGCGGGCGUCCCCGCUCCGCUGCCUGCGGCUCCGGGGCUAGCCGAGUGACGUAGUUCUGUAAUAUGGAUCCACAGGUGAACCUCAGUGUGACCUUCCAAAGGGACACUCAGAGCUUCCUCGUAUCAGAUUCAUCAAAUACCACGUGGGCUGAUGUGGAGGCCAUGGUGAAAGUCUCUUUUGACCUGAAUGAUAUCCAAAUCAAAUACCUGGAUGAAGAUCAUGAUGAGGUGUCUGUCAACAGUGCAGAGGAGUAUGAAGAAGCUCUGAAGAUUGCAGCAAAACAAGGCCACUGGCUACAGAUGAACGUCUAUGAAUUAAGUGGUCCUCGAGGCACAUCUUCAUGGCAAGUCCCUGAGAAAUCUGAGAUAUGCCCUGUUCCUGAGGAUGGAAGGAAACCUCUCUCCCAGUACUCCAUGCUUGCUCAGACCGAGGGACCAGAUAGCGACGUAGAAGAAGAGGCUGAGAAGACACAGAGUGAGCACCAUCUCAGCCAGGGGCCUCCUGAGUGGUUUACAAGCUACCUAGAAAAGUUCCGGGAACAAGUGGUCCAAGAGACGGUGGAGACGCUUGAGCAGAAGCUGAGUGAGAAGCUCCUCCUUUCCAGCCAGAUCCCGAGUUCGCUGAGCAGCUCCGCCCAGCAGAGUCCUGUCAGCCCCUUGGUGCAAGGCAACCCCUUUGACUGGCUCCUCUCCUGCAGCAACUGCCAGGCCUCCAUUGUGGGCAUUCGCUACCAGUGCAGUGUGUGUCCAUCCUAUAGCAUCUGUGAGCUGUGUGAGGCCGGAAUAUAUGCUCAUGAUCCCAACCACCUGCUUCUGAAACUGCGGAGGCCUGUCCUGUGCCUCUCGGAGACUUACAACCUCUGGCAGUCUUCGCCUCGCCUUGCCACCUUGGAACAGCUCAGGCUCCAGAAACAGGUGGACAAGCGUUUCCUGAAGGCAGAGAAGCAGCGCUUGCGAGCAGAGAAGAAGCAGCGCAAAGCAGAGGUGCGGGAACUCAAGAAGCAGCUGAAAUUACACCGGAAGAUCCAUCUGUGGAACUCUGUCCAUGCUCUGGACAGCAUAGGUUUGACAGCUGCCAGAUCUGAGAGCCUACAACCCAACACACUUCGUCCCCUCCAGGCCUGCCCAGUCAUUGUUCCCACACUAAGUGCUGCCUUUGUGGAUGAGAAUCUGCCAGAUGGAACCCACCUGCGGCCAAGAACAGCCUUCAUCAAACAUUGGCGCAUGAGGAAUAUUGGCAACAUGGAAUGGAAUUCUGACACCAAGCUGAAAUUCAUGUGGGGGAACUUGACACUGGUGUCCUCAGAGAAGAAGGAUGUGACGGUGCCUUCCCUGCAACCAGGGCAAGUGGGAAUUGUGUCUGUGGCGUUUGUUGCCCCCUCGGUGGAAGGAACUUACACAUCUCACUGGCGGCUAUCGCACAGAGGGGAACAGUUCGGGCCUCGGAUCUGGUGCAGCAUUGUGGUGGAUUCCUCCUGCAUGGACUGUCUAGAGAGUGGCAAACAGAUGUGCAAUUUUGGCCCAAAGGGCAGAGCCCCUUAUAAAAAAGAGGAAAGAUCUACAGAGACCAAGGCAGAAGCUCUCGAGGCUGCAGAUACUGCCAUCCAGGGAGGUUUGACUGGCCCAUCAGCUACACCACAGGUGAAGAGCAUCCCCUGUGAUAGAGAGUUCUACAUUCCAUCAGUUGACCUUCUCACAGCACAGGUGAAACUUCAGGACUUGCUCUCCUUUGAGCUGUUGGACAUCAACAUAGUGCAAGAGCUGGAGCAGGUCUCUCGCAAUAAUCCUGUGGAUUCUCAGGAAGGGAAAGGGAAGUCCGAAUACCCAGCCAACCAAGAAGAGGGAGAUGAAGACAUGAGUGGAACCCAGUUUGUGUGUGAGACAGUCAUUCGCUCUCUGACCUUAGAUGCUGCACCUGACCAUAAGCCCCCACAAAAGAAGAAAUCUUUGCAGACUUCCCAGCAAGCACUACAUGGUACCACCCACUACAACCCAAAGACUGAGGAUCCCAGUAGGAUUAAAAGUAGUUCUACUUCUGCACUACAAGAUUUGGAGUCUGCGGAUCAGGGUGCCGAGAUGACUAAAGAGCCUGAGUUUGAGAAACUUGUGGUACCAGAUGGUGAGGAAGCAAGUGACAGAGAGGCUGACGAAGAUGCUCAGGAUGAAGUCCGUAGCCAGGCGUCUUCAGCAUCCUCCGAGGAUUAUGUGGUCAUCCUCCCAGAGUGCUUUGAUACCAGCCGCCCUCUGGGCGAGUCCAUGUACAGCUCUGCUCUCUCUCAGCCAAGCUCAGAGAAAGGGGCUGAGGGCCCAGCAAGUCCUGGAGAAGAGAGCCAGCCCUCGACUCACAGCAUCAACGAUAUCCUGACCACAUCGCAGGUCCUGGAUGCAGUGCCACUCACCCCUCAGGUCGUGGAGCCCCAGCCAGUAAGGUCUUUGGACCUUUCCCAAGAUGAUGGCCCCCGAGAAACAAGAUCUCAAGAAGCUGUGGACCAAGUGAGAGAAGCCACAUCUCUGGACCAAGUGAGAGAAGAACAUCUAGGAGAUGUUUCUGGUGCUCCACCUGCAGGGAUUGUAACCAGCACAUCGACAUCCCCAGAAUUCUCCAGACACACCCAGGGAAACAGCCUUGCUGGGGGCUUGAUGAAAGGAGCCUUAUCAGUGGCUGCUUCGGCCUACAAGGCCCUGUUUGCUGGACCACCUUCCAUAGAACAGGCUCUUCCUGUGAUCACCGAAGAACAGACGACAGCCUUCCUAGCCAACUUGAGUGAGAUGGGCUUCUGCGACCGGCAGCUCAACCUUCGACUGCUGCGGAAACAUAAUUGUGACAUGGCCGAAGUGGUCACAGAGCUGCUGCAACAAAGUCACAGUGACUGGUAUGGAAACCAGUACUGAGCUGCCUCCAGGAAUAGAGCAGCAAAGAGCACCAGCAGCUUCUGGCUCCCUUCUGUUCCAGCAGGGCAGAGACGGCUUGGCUUCCACCUUUCCUUAUACCUCUAGUUUCUUUUUUCUUCUGCUAAGAUCUUAUGUUAAUUCUCACCUCCCAGUUUCAUGGCUCAGGCAUCCCGUUUUUCAAAGUGGAAAUAAUACCAAUAGUAGGGGAAAAGUUGGUUGUGCACAAGGUUAGUGAACUGUGUCCUAAGUGUCAUCAUGCACUCCGUGUUUGAAUGGAGCUGGACUCGAGCCAAGUUGAGCAGGGCAUCGUGCAGCUUCUUGGCUCAUUGAGGGGUCAAAUCUUGUAGGAGGUGCUCUUUCAGGCCCUGACCUCCUAUCACCGGAGCUGUUCUGAACUUUGUCCUCUGGUUUGCUUUGAGAGCCUCCUGCAUCUUGUUGAAGCAAUAACGGCCCACAUAUUCCUGUUGCUGUGUGUCUUGGGCACUUACCCAGACCUAAAAGUGUUGAUCGCAUUCUAGGUCCUGCUUCCUCCCAAACUCAAAAGCUGCUGUUUGCUGCCGUUGAGGUGGUAAAGUACUAUGAGAGGAGCUUGCCAUAAAAAAUAGCAACAAUAAGAACAGCUGCUGCUAGUAUGUAAAACUUGAGAAGUAUUAUUAGUGAUUGUUAUUGCAUUAAAGUAUUUGAAGGACAAAUGGUUGAGACACACUUUGCAGUGGCAGGAGGGAUAGGUAUUUUUGUAGAUUUAUCCUUAAGACUCCAGAGUUGGUUCAUUGCAAAGGUGUUGGGAUUUCCAUGCAGUGUUCCUGACCCCUGGGCCCAUAUUGGGGCAAAUCUGAGACAAAAAUCAAAUGGUUUGUUUAAAAAAAUGGGAACAGCACCUGGUAGAUGCUCUUGUGGGGAGUGGGAGGGGGUAAUGCAUGAUAAGAGACAGCAUUAAGGAGGCAGUCCCAAACCCACGCACACGCCCUGAGUGAAAAGAGGUGUGGCUCAAGGACCCCUGAGGACUUUUUCUCUCCUAAACAUUAUAGACAUGAACAGUACCAGUGCUGCUGGGUAGUGUCCUUUUUAUUUAACUCAGGUGUCCUUUUGACUUUAUACAUAAGAGAGAAGAACUAUAAUUGAGGGGAAACAAACUUUUCUUCACUUUCUAAAAUCAGUGCAUGGAAAGUUGGAGAUCACUGACCUGAUUGCGACUUUUUUGCUCUUCUGGAUUGAUGAGGGAAGACCUUGGUAUUUCCAAGUAGUUCUGCCUCUAUUUUCUCUUUGAACUAGUUUUAUUGCUCCCAAUUCAAUCAGCCAACUUCUUGUUAGCUCUGGCUUGCUUUUUAGGACCCAUAGAAUCUGAAAUAUUAACAUUUUACUUACGUUGGCUUUGUAUAUUUUUUUGUGAGAGGAUGCAUGGAUAAUUUAUAUAGUGCAAAUAUUAAGAUCUUUGUAUAUUGUUUAGAAUAAGCACUUUAAAAAGUCUUUGGGUGUGAUGGAAACAUAAAAUAAAGUAUACAUUAAAUAAAAAAAA